AUGCAACAUGAUGGCGCUCUCCGGGCCAUCACUACUCGGCUGAGUGCCACACCCGUUGAAGAUCUUCCUCGAAUAUCUGGCUUCCUUGCGACCUCGCUGGCCCAAUGUCCUGUCGAAUUGCUUUCCUCAGAUAGCAAAGGCAAUAGCUCUUCGGUGGUCGCACACAAACUCAAAACCCGAAUCACAUCUUUACUGCAAGACAAAUCUCCUGCGAGUCGAUUCACCGCUGCGGUACUCAUCAAGGCAAUCGUCGACAAUGGCGGCUUGAAGAGCCUCUCUAAUUGGGAGGUCUGGGCCAGAGGCCUACUCAGCUGCUUGGGGAAACCUGACCCUUUCGAAGUGAAGAGAAUCUAUCUGGCUACAGUCACUCGGAUUUUUGUCCUCUCCCAGGACCACCCGGUAAUGGUACGGGAGCUCACGACACCACUCCUCCCGGCAUUCAUCACAACAUGUCUCGGCCUCAUCAAGCCAGUCAAAGCUCAAGUUGACGGCAACUUCAAUCCCAUCCUCCAAUCGGUGCUCCAAUGCUGGAUUCAGCUGUUACCCCGGCACGCAACGGUCUUUCGCCCGUUUCUGACACGUAUCAAGCUGAUUUGCCUGAGCCUUCUUGAAGAUGUCCGGACUGCCACUUCUACCAGAGAGCUCGCGAUUCAGCUUCUCUGCCUGUUACUAUCGUGCGCGCCGAAGAACACGAUGGCUCAAGAAUGGGCCCAAGCAGUCUCUGUUCUCAUCACCUGUGCCCACCAAACUGCCGACAGAUUGUUCAGAGCCGUAAUCGAGGAAUACGAGGCCAACGACAAAACCCGUCAAAAUACAGACGGAAAGCAUAACUUUUCUAAGGAGCCAAAGACUUCGGGCGCCGACCAGGUUGGACUGGCUCCAUGGGUUGGCAUGUACGACGGCAGUACCAGGCUUGCAACAUUUCUCGACUGGUUAGGAUGUUUGGUUUCAACAGUUACGCCGCAAGCAAUCAUGGUCCCUCUGGGGCCCUUGCUCGACCUGAUUUCUCGUAUACUGGCCGUGAUCGUGCCUGGAGGCGCGUCAAGUACAACGGAUGCUCUAAAAUAUCACAAAGAAGCAAGCCGAGAAGAGCGGGAAAGUCUUUGGAUGAACUUGUCUCGCCUCCAUGUGGCGUGUCUUCGUCUGCUCCAGAAGUUAUACGAAAGCUUUGGACAGGCCUUUCUCCCAGCCAAUGCGACCAUGGUCAUCCAGGUCAUGGAAUCAUUUAUUACCAUGGCAAGUGACAAAAUGGUGAGGCGAGAAGUCUAUGUCACCUUUCUUGGUAUCUUGAGAAAUAUGAAUACCACCGGCUUCGUAUUUCGCGAGACCACCUUUUCAACUUUACUUGAGCACUGCUGCAGUGACCUGCGAAGCGGCAUCCCCGGCUCCGAUGAUCAAAGCAACCACAACCCCUCAAAAGAUGGGUUUUUGAGCGCCAAAUCCUUUUUGCCGGCUGCUGGAGGUUCCAGCUUUGCGGAAAGACAGGACGAAGUCUUCGGAGCAGCCUGGAGAUUGCUGCCAGAAAUCUUGUCCCAUUGUCCGACGUCCAUUAUAUCUCGCCAAGCAAGGAUAGAAGCAGAUAGACUGUCUGUAUUGCUCGAUCACCACGAUGCCAUGAUGGCAAGUGUCCUGCGUCCAAUGCUGACCAAAGAUGGAAAAAUGAGGAUUGCCAGUCUGCUCCCGUUCCUCGCUAGAUCUUCGGCAGACUGUCUCGACACUGAGGCUCUCUUAAGGCCUCGAAUGCCUGUUAUUCAAAAUAGGGAGAUCUCUGCGCAGCCACCUCAUGAGACUCGAGUCCACCUUAGCGACCAAGAGGGUCCAGAUAUGCCCGACGAAAACGGCGCAGCCUUAUCUGACCCUGAAGGCGCCACUGAAGCCGCAGAGGUUGAUGGCAAACAACAGGUACCCGGUAAUCUCGACGAUCAAGAGGGAGAUGAUGGGACCCACGCUUUGACGGCGAGGAAGCGAAAACUUGAGUCCGCUCAAGACAGCACUUUUCAAGCAUGCACUCCCACCGUUUUCGAGGAUGCUGAAAUGGUUGAUUUAAGAAUGUCAAAGGUGCCACGGUUGGAGGAUGGCAUCGUGGAAGAGUCAGUAUCGGAAGAGGCUUUUUCGAUUGAGACACGAGACGCACAACCUUUGGUUGCCACAACUUCCGGGGUAGAAGCGCAGUCUUCGAGCUCAGGAGUCCAGCCUACAGGCACGAUACCCAACAUGGUGUCGUCUGAGAACAUUAGGAACGAUGACAGCGACAGCAGUGACUUUGAAAUUCCGACAAUUGACCCAGGACUGGACACAGAUGAGGAAGAUUUGUAG